AUGGGUGGACAGCAAUCUGCAGCUAAGGCUGCCGACGGGGCCCCUGGAGGCGACAGCUCCAGUCACGGAAAGGGCCGUCCUGCGAACAAUCAGGUGCAGCUUGCCGUCUCGGUUCUUGGCGGAGUUCCUGGCGCAACUGCUUAUCAUUCAUCCGUCGUUGUCAAUGGAGAUGAGUAUUUCUUCAGCGAUGGUGGGAUUUCUUCUUCCAGCGGCCUGAUGUCGCACAAGAAUCCACAGAUGCCUGACUCGAAGCCUGAGGUGAUUGAGAUGGGCAUGUCCCCGUACACUGGCUCCCAGAUGAGAGCAGCCUUGGAGCGCUUCUUCGUAUCGGGAACGUACGACCUGCUGCGCAAGAAUUGCAACUCCUUCUCCGACGUUGCCUUGUUCUACCUUUUGCACAAGUCUCCCCCUGCAAUUUCAAGCCGCAUGGCACAUUUGGCAUUUUCUCCGUGCCUUGCAGGCGAAUCGACAAGAAGUACAGGCAGAUGGAGAAACUGGGUGCCUCGUUCUCAGGCAUCGUCCAGGCAGGUUCCGGUGGGCAGUACCAGCCCAACCCAAAGGCUGAUGGCUUUGACGUGGAGAAGCUUUGUGAGGAGAUUGAUCCAGACAAGGUGUGGAAAACUCCUGGACAGGCAACUGGGGGAGCCACGGUGA